GAAAAAGAAAAAUGGAGGAAAAACUUCGGAAAAUAAAGGCCAUCUUAUCCAAUUUGAGCAAGUAGUUAACUGAAAACAGCAAGAGUGAGUGAACCAGAGGAAGAGAACCCAAAGAAAAUGGCACUCCUUUGUGCUUCAACCUCAGUCAUCUUCUCUUCUUCUUCUUCCGAGAGGCCUUCCUUUGCUUCAUUGAAAAGGACUAUUCCCAGUAACCAAAGCUCAUUUCUUGGGUUCUUCCCUGUAGUAGCAUUGUCCAAACCUUCUUCUGCUCGGACAACAACCUUGUCUUUCUCCAAACGGGAUUUCAGGGUUUGCUGCCAGGACCUCUCUCUUGUCCCUGAAAACCAACGUUGGAUGUUCGAGGAAUCCGAGGCUGAUGGCCCUGACAUUUGGAACAACACAUGGUAUCCCAAAGCUAAAGACCACAUUAAUACUGAAAAAACAUGGUAUAUUGUCGAUGCAGCUGACAAAAUUCUGGGAAGACUGGCAUCGACAAUUGCUGUGCAUAUUCGCGGAAAGAAUUUGCCCACUUAUACUCCUAGUGUCGAUAUGGGUGCUUUUGUGAUAGUGGUAAAUGCUGAAAAAGUUGCUGUAUCUGGGAAGAAAAGGACCCAGAAGCUCUACAGAAGGCAUUCAGGAAGACCAGGUGGCAUGAAAGUGGAAACGUUCAACCAGCUGCAGCAGAGAAUUCCUGAAAGAAUCAUUGAGCAUGCUGUUCGUGGUAUGCUUCCUAAAGGACGGCUUGGUAGAGCAUUGUUUAACCACCUGAAGGUUUAUAAGGGCGCUGAUCAUCCACAUGAGGCUCAGAAGCCUAUUGAGCUGCCUAUACGGGACAAAAGGGUGCAGAAGCAGAGAUAAACGAACUUAAAGCAGGGUCAGGAUAUUGGGAGCGAGAGGGAAGAGAGCAAGCAAUGUUGGUUUCCAUUUUCUCGUGUUUUUGGGGUAUAAGUUUCAUUAUGUUGUUAAGUGGAAUGCUAAACUCAUGGGAAUUUAAUGCUUUAGGUUUCAGUUGCUUUAAUCUGUAAUCUUGUAGCUGGUUGAUGUUUGAACCAACUUUGAUAUGUUAAUCAAAUGAUUCACACUAA